AUGUCGGGCGAAUACGGUGAAAGAAGGCCUAACAAUACUAAUAUUAACAGUGCUUUUGGAUAUUAUUUUUCGAAGGCAAUAUUAAAAAGAAUUUUAAGAGACUAUGAAGCAAUAAUACCGCAAGAGCAGUUUAAUUUGAUGAAGGACCUCAUAUUCAAAGCUGAAUAUUUGCUCUCUCAUUAUGUAUACAACAUUAGGAAUAGAGGUUGGGAUGACGCAGAGUACAGAAUAUCUAUCCUAUUCAAGGAAGAUGUAACUUUAGUGCACUCCAUUGGCAAAUUCAACAGAAACAAAUUGAAAAAGUGGAUUCUUAGCGAAUUGCAGAUAAAUAAUUACACGGAGGAAAUGGACAGGGGAACUCUGUCUAGGAUAAAAUACGUUGAUUUGAUAGAAAGCAUUUUGAUUUAUAAUAUUACUAUUCAUGACUCAGACGAAUGUAUAUCGAGAAUAUCAAAGAACCCUGAACCAAUUCACGUGCAAGAGAUGAAACCUUGUCGACCGGACCCUUAUUGUUUUGCGGCUAUCAAUUCUGAACAAUCUGUCGCUUACGGACUUAGCCAUAGAUUAGUAAACAACUUUAUGUACUAUUACAUACGCCGUUGCUACUUAUAUUCGGAGCUGGAGGAUGUCGUUCACAUGGAGAUGCUGUGCUCAUUCAUGUAUAGAGAGGCGGUUUAUCUGGCCAGAAAAGGAUACUUCGCUAGAGAUUUAUUUGUGGAACAUAUCGCUCUCUGUGCAGCACUUGGUUACGAAGAAUUCAUUCGAAAACAUUGGUUUCUGAAGAUAGGAUCUUGGAUUGAUAAUAAUGGUUGUGUGGCCGAAAAUCGAAAUCUCGAAAUCAAUCGGACAGAAGUUUUAAUGUUACGUACCAAAGAUGCGAAGAAAAUAGCGAAACUGAAGGGUCUAAUGCGUAAAAGGUUGGAGAUGGAAUGUGAUGAACAUCUGAUGGCGUUGACUCUUAUUGCCUUCGCUCAUGCAGUUAGACACGGUGUUCAUAACCUAAGACAGCAAAAGAUUAGGUAAUUCUAAAAGCAUACCAAACGUCCUCUUUGUGUUCGUUUAUAAUGUAAAAAUUUCCACAAUUAACUGUCAUUUUACUCCAUCUUCAAAAAAGACAGAUAGAAAUAUAUCACAUUUUCCUUACAUAUUUCUAUCAAAUGCUUCCCCUUAAACUUAACCUCCAAAACAAUACAAAGUCGUUGCCGAAAAUCACACUACAAUCACUACAUUUGCAUACAACGACUGUCUAGACGCAACGUGAUCGGAAUUUGUCUGUCUGCAUGGUUCCACAGGGUCUAUAAUGC